AUUGACGUAAACAACAAAAUACAACAAAAUAAUAAGUACUAAGAUAAUCAAUCAAGUCAUCUUUCCAAAGAAUUGUACAUACCUUUUUCUUUUUUGACUUAUUUAUUUGUACAUAGUUCUUUGGUUUUCACAAUAAAUCAUUCAAACCUAAACGAAAGGAGAUUCCCGCGUUUGUGAAAGAAAAUCAUUACCUACCUGGUUACAGUAACCAUAGAAACAAACAAAAAUGACGAAAAAGAAUUCUAUCUCUCUAGACGUCGACCCAAGUAUUAUGGAGAAAAAUAUGAGAAUUGUGAAGGAGACCGCUAUGGAGGAGGAGAUAAAUAAACUGUUAGCUUCUGUGGAUACUGUUCCAUCAAAACUUGUAACUCCACGUCCAGGAAUGUGUGUCAAGACAUUUACAAAGCCUGAUAACAAGAAACUCUUUGUGAAUAUAUGUUUAACAGAUGCUAUUCCCUGUCCUAGAGAUAUUACUAAUAAUGAAUUGAUGCAGAUCCUAAGUUCUGAGGAUCCGUCCAGCUACAGAGUUCCCAUGAGCAUUGGGGAAGGCAGAUCUGAAGAGGAUAAAUCUGGAGCUCCAGCUACUGUCUAUGAUGUAGCCAUAAAUCCUGAGUUUUUUAAGAAAGUAGAAAAGGAUGAUUUAUUUCAAACAUUUUUCCUGACUGUUGUUUUUGAAGGCUUGCAAGAUAAAUAUCAAUUUGAAUUAGAUAUGCAAAAAUAUACUAUAUUGAAGAACAGAAAAUCAAUUGGUACAUUGCAAUCUCACAGAAUACAGAUUAGGGAUAUCAAGAAUGUUGAGGAGAAAACAAGACCUCCUCUUAUAGAAGAAAUUCAGUCCACAAAUGAAAGUAACCUUGUGAAAAAGGAAAUAGUUUAUAGACUUCGCAGGGAGCCACCAACUGGUGAAAUUGAAUAUCUUUUGGCCGAAUUUAAAAUUCCCUCUUCAAUUGACUUGAAAGAUUUGAACUUGGAUGUAGGUGAGGACCGGUUGGUUUUGGAUGCAAAGGGACAGUUUCAAAUUGUGGACUUCUUCCUACCUUGUAGCGUUGACCAAGAUGUAAUAGACGCUCAAUUAAAUAGGAAUGACAAUAUGCUGUACGUGAAAAUGCCCGUCAUACACUAAUUAUAUGCCUGUCAUACACUAAUUAUAUGCCUGUCAUACAUUACUUAAUACUUAUUUCAUAAUAAAUGUAACUAAUAGAGUAA